UCAAUCAUUAGAUAUUGUAUUUGCGAUGGCUCAUGGCUGUUACAUUGUUUCUGAAGAUUGGGUACUCAAAUCAUACGCAAUUGGAAGAUGGCUAUCUCAUCAAAAAUACAUGAUUCCUGAAUUGUCUGAACCUGUCAAAGAUUUUCAAAUACGACGGCAUAGAGAAUCUGGUUCUAAAUUGAAAUUUAAUAUAUUUGAUAAAGAUGGUCAGAUAUAUGUAUCUAAUAGCUGUGAAUCACCAGCCGAACUCUUGAGACAGUUGGUGCAUGCUUGUGGUGGCCAUUGCACAAGUGAGGAAUCUAAAGCAGAUAUAGUGAUUGGCACUACAAUACAAUUCAGACAUAAUACUCAUGAAAAAUGGAUUUUUGACUGUAUAACCCAGGGGAUAUUGCUAAAUAAAUAUCAGUAUACCUAUGUUAAUUCUAGUGAAUAAUGAUAUUGUGACCUGUAACCUAAAAUAAUUUUUUUAUAAAUCUAUGUAUAUUAACUUUUAUACAUAACA